GCGGGGAGAGCUGAGAGUUACCGAUCGUGAUAAACAUACAGUUUGGAUGGUUCAUGGAAUGGUUACCUCAAGCUUUUGGGAGAACCAUCGACUGGAAAACACUGUCCCGCGGCUCAAUCCACAGGAGAUAAAAUGUUUCGGAGAAAGAUGGCAGAACCUGUAUUAGUGUCCCAUCCUGCGCAUGAGCUUGUCAACCAUUCUCAUCCUUUUUCGAGACAACCUAGAUCUUUGACGAGGAAGCCCAUCUCAUUCCACAAUCCAAUCCAAAUCCACGUUAUUCUAAAGGCGACCAGCAGUCUUCUACGAUCCUAGGUUAGGUCUAAGGAUUGGCAAUGGGUUUCAAUAAGUAUUUUGGGCUUGGAAGGGGUGCUGCGUCCCCAUCGCUCGACCAACACGGAGCGAUGCCAUCAACUGAAUUGGAAAAUACGCUGUCCGGACCCAAGACAGACAGAGACAGCAGUGAAUCAGAUCUUAUGGCAUCCAAAUGUAUCAAGAUUGCAGUCGCAGCCUACAGCAUCGAGCGCCGCGUUCUCGAGACACUCCACGAUACUCUGCAGGCCAGUCUCAGAGAAGAACACGCCAUGGAUCUGUGGAGAUUCAAAAGAUCGCUUAGAGAUCACGCAGUCAAUGCGCGUACCAAGCGUCACUGGGAAUCAGACCGAAAAGUGUGUACUGGUCAAAGCUGCUUCGAUAAGCCGGCCUCUUACGAAGAGUGUGCUAGAUCGGCCUGCACUUACGUCCACCAGAAAUUGGCAAUUGCAAAAUUCAUGGUCCUGCAGGCCAAGGAGAGGACGGCGGCCGCCAAAGAAUGCAAUGAGCAGCUCGAUGGCCUUAGGAAGGAGUUUGGCGACUGCAUCAUGCCCGGAAGAAACGGGGGCGUCAAGGAGGAGGACUGCGCCAGCGAGCGACACGCACUGCUUGUCGACUGGGGGCUUACCAACACGAGCACGAAGGAAAGCGACAGGAGUUGGGAGAACGACCUGAGAGAUAUGGUCCGGCUGAGUGUCAGUGAGGAGAGGGAAGAGAAGGCAAAGUCGAGAAGGACGACCUCGACGAAGUCCAAAGAAGCCGGGAGGGUGUCGGCGUCCAUACGGCCGAGAAGACUGUCUGUGGUGUUGGAAUCCAGCGAGGAAGACUGAGGGUUUCGG